GGCUCGGGGCUGCCUCGGCCGGCUCGGAGCACGUAGAGCCCAACGUGACCGCGGCGCGCAAGCCCCGCAGCAGCCGCCCCCGAAGCGCCGCCGGGCACGCUGCUUCCCUGCCUGCCCGGCCCGGCCCGCCGCCGCCGCCGCCGGAGGAAGCCCAGCCCAGGGGAGCCUUCCCCCGAAGGCCUGCCGGCGCGAAGGGGCCGCCGCUCCGCCAUGGCCCCGCAGCCCAGCGCGCCGCGCCAGGACGCCAGCGCCGCCGCCUCCCCAGCCAUCUAGUCCGGCUUGGAGUCGCCGCUCUCGCCCUCCGCGCGGGGGGCGCUUCCUCUCCCGCCGCCGCCGCCGCCGCUGCCUCCACCUCGGGAGCCUCGGGUGGGCCGUGGCGGAGCGCGCCGCCGCCGCCGCCUCCUCCUCUCCCCGGAGCCGCCUGGAUAUGUGGCUGCCGCUGCCAAGAUGGAUUUAGCCUGCGGGGUCGUGUGGCUGCUGACGGUCCUGUUGGAGGGCAUCUGCGGCCAAGGCGUCUAUGCCCCACCCACAGUGAGGAUCAUCCAUUCAGGCCUGGCCUGCAACAUUGAAGAGGAGAGAUACUCAGAGAGAGUGUACACCAUUCGAGAAGGGGAGACCCUGGAACUGACAUGUUUGGUGACGGGCCAUCCUCGGCCACAGAUCAGGUGGACCAAAACGGCAGGAAGUGCCUCUGACCGGUUUCAAGACUCAAGUGUCUUCAACGAGACAUUGAGGAUCACCAACAUCCAGCGACAUCAAGGGGGCCGUUAUUAUUGCAAGGCUGAGAAUGGCCUGGGCUCACCAGCAAUCAAGUCGAUAAGAGUAGAUGUAUACUAUCUGGAUGAUCCAAUAGUGACCGUCCACCAGAGCAUUGGGGAAGCAAAAGAACAGUUUUAUUAUGAGCGGACUGUGUUUCUCAGGUGUGUCGCCAAUUCCAACCCACCUGUCCGGUACAGCUGGCGGCGAGGACAGGAGGUGCUGUUGCAAGGUUCCGACAAAGGGGUUGAAAUUUACGAGCCCUUCUUUACCCAGGUAGGAAUCAAGGGUGAAACCAAGAUCCUGAAGCUGAAGAACCUCCGACCUCAGGAUUACGCCAAUUACAGCUGCAUCGCUUCAGUCAGGAACGUCUGCAACAUCUCCGACAAAAUGGUGUCCUUCCGGCUUUCAAACAAAACAGCCUCUCCCUCGAUCAAACUCUUGGUGGAUGACCCCAUCGUAGUGAAUCCUGGGGAGGCCCUUACCUUGGUCUGCGUCACGACAGGAGGGGAACCACUUCCGAGUCUAACCUGGGUGAGGUCUCUCGGAGCCCUGCCUGAGAAAACCGUUCUGAAGGGGGGAACACUGACCAUCCCUGCUAUCACCUCCGACGAUGCCGGCACCUACAGCUGCAUUGCCAACAACAAUGUGGGGAACCCUGCUAAAAAGUCCACCAACAUCAUUGUCCGAGCCUUGAAGAAAGGACGGUUCUGGAUCACGCCCGACCCUUAUCAUAAAGAUGACAACAUCCAGAUUGGCAGGGAGGUCAAGAUCUCUUGCCAGGUAGAGGCAGUCCCUUCUGAAGAGCUCACGUUCAGUUGGUUUAAGAAUGGCCGGCCGCUGCGCAGCUCCGAGAGGAUGGUUAUUACUCAAACAGACCCUGACGUCUCUCCGGGCACCACCAACCUGGAUAUCAUUGAUCUGAAGUUCACUGACUUUGGGACGUACACUUGUGUUGCAUCUCUGAAGGGUGGGGGGAUAUCAGAUAUCAGCAUUGACGUCAACAUUUCCAGCAGCACAGUUCCACCCAAUCUGACUGUUCCACAAGAAAAGUCACCCUUGGUCACCAGGGAAGGCGAUACCAUUGAACUGCAGUGCCAAGUGACUGGGAAACCCAAGCCCAUCAUCCUCUGGUCCAGGGCAGACAAGGAGGUCCCCAUGCCUGAUGGAUCUAUGCAGAUGGAGAGCUACGAUGGGAUCUUGAGGAUUGUCAAUGUCUCAAGGGAAAUGACAGGGACUUACAGGUGUCAGACCAGCCAGUACAAUGGAUUUAACGUCAAGCCAAGGGAGGCGCUGGUGCAGCUCAUUGUACAGUAUCCCCCUGCUGUCGAGCCAACGUUCCUUGAGAUCCGGCAGGGCCACGGCCGAAGUGUCACCAUGACCUGCCGAGUGCUGAGAGCUUACCCAACCCGGGUCUUGACCUUUGAGUGGAGACUGGGCAACAAACUCCUCCGGACAGGACAGUUUGAUGCUCAGGAUUCCACGGAGUACACGAUUAGGAGCCUCUCCAGGGACAGUUAUGGGAUUUACAACUGCAACAUCAUCAACGAGGCGGGGGCCGGGAGGUGCAGCUUCUUCAUGACAGGCAAAGCGUAUGCCCCAGAAUUCUACUACGACACCUACAAUCCUCUGUGGCAGAACAGAGCCCGUGUCUAUGCCUACAGCCUUGAAUGGACCCAGAUGAACCCCGAUGCUGUGGACCGCAUCCUCACCUACCACCUGGGGAUCCGGCAGGCUGGACAGCAGCGCUGGUGGGAGCAGGAAAUUGCUGUGAACGGGAAGAUCCAGAAGGGAGAAUUAAUUACGUAUAACUUGACAGAACUGAUCAAGCCAGAGGCUUACGAAGUCCGCCUGACCCCAGUCACCAUAUAUGGAGAUGGCGAUUCAACCAUCCGUGUCAUCAAAUACAGCGCCCCAAUGAAUCCUCACCUACGAGAAUUCCACUGUGGCUUUGAAGAUGGCAACAUUUGUUUAUUCACCCAAGAUGAAAAGGACGGCUUUGACUGGACGAGACAAAACAUUAUCCUCCGAGACACAAAGUAUACCCCAAACACAGGGCCCAGCGCUGACCGGUCCGGCUCCAAGGAAGGAUUCUUCAUGUACAUUGAAGCAUCCAGUCCCAGAAAAGAAGGAGACAGGGCCAGGCUCAUUAGCCCUCUGUUCAGCAUCCCCCCAAAAAACCCAUAUGGGGCCACCAACACAGCAUAUUGCUUCAGCUUCUAUUACAAUAUGUACGGACAACACAUAGGAACGUUGAAUGUUUACCUGCGGUUAAAAAGCCAGACUUCAAUAGAAAGCCCAUUCUGGUCUUCAAGUGGCAACAAAGGCCAGCCGUGGUCCCAGGCCCGUGUUAAUAUACAUCCAAACACUUCAUUUCAGGUUAUUUUUGAAGGGAUCCGUGGUAAAGGCAUUGAAGGAGACAUUGCCAUUGAUGACAUAUCAAUUGUGGAAGGCGAAUGCACGAAAUCAGAUUAUGUAAACAAUCCUAUACCUUCGGGCACAGUCAGGACACUUCUGCAUAUACAGAUUUUCCCAGUUUUCCUUCUCAUGUCUGUCUUAAGUCAUCAGAGGUGACCUUAUUCUGGCAGAGGCUACAACACGCGCGCGCUGGCAUGAAGAAAAGAGAACAUUUUUAAAAGAAACAAAAACUACCAAAGAUUCCUCCACUGACUGACUCAAAUACGAUUUUUUUUUAAAGAAGAAGAAUCAAAACGUAAAAUUUAUAUAUAUAAAAAGGAAGCAUUGGGAGUUCAUAAAAAAGGAAAGAAAUGAACAAACAAAUGGGAUUGAGGGCACAUAAUAAUUUGCCAUGGACCACAGAACGGAAGGAAAGAGACAGAGCGCGAGAAACCUUCAGGUGCUUUUGUGGUUAAUUAAGAGAGGAACAAAUGAAACAAGAGGGGAACACACACACACACACACACACACACAAGAGACGGCAUCCAUGGGAAGAACUCUGUCAAAAGAGCUAUAGAAUUCCUUGUCAAAGCACAAAGUCAUGGCUUGUUUUGUUUCAAAUGAAUAGUUUGCCUGUUGCCAUGGAAUCCCUAAUGGCCUGCCAAAAGAGAGAUUUAAUAAAGAGAGAGAGAGAGAGAGAGAAAGGAGGAAAGAAAAUAUCCCUACACCUCACAGCAAAACAGGGUAGAAGGUGAGCCUGCGUUUCUUUUCCCCCUUCCGCACAGACGAGGUUUCUCCCCAUCGAGUUCAAGGCAGUCACUGCAGGCCCUUUGCCUGCCUCUUGUUGCUGCCUUGGGGAGGAAGCGGCCAGAGGCACUGGAGCUAUCGAGGAGAUCCUUGUUUCAGUUCCUGGUGGCAAUGCAAGAUAACUGUAUGCGGUCUCCGCUUUGCAUGCGUGACGGCACUCCAGGACGUGCGCACAACAGCAAUGACAACACUGACUUGUCCAGAGUUUGCUUGCGGCCACUUGAACACACCGAGACCCUCCCUGUCCUUCCCCCUCGUCUCCCACUCCACCCACAUCCCAAACCCGACUGAAAUCAUCUGUUCGAACCAAGUGACGAAACCAAACUACCAUCUUUUUUCUAAAAUGCCAUGGAAAUCAAGUGCCUUCAAUGAUAACAAGCCUGAGAAAAUGAGGUGGGGCGGGGAAAUCGCAAACGUUCCAGCAGAGAGAAGCUUGCAGGUUCGGGUGAUGUUUGCAAAAGAAACAAACAAAAAACAGUCAUUUUCUAAAGCAAACUACAGAGCAAAAACUGCCGGCUGAGAGAGAAAUAAAAAAAACAGCAGCUACAUCUGGAGAUGGAUUGACUUGAAUUGCAGUAUAAAGCCCUUCUCAGAUUGAAGCCUUUCCUCGCUGAACCUUCCCAACAGCCACAGCCUUUCCAUGUAUUGUCUAUGUGGAAUUGGCUUCCAUUUGAUCUUGGGAAAUGGGAGCAGCCCUUGCUUUUCAGGUUACCAAGUGGGUCGGCUGGAACCAGAAGGGCUGAUAGGAUAGUACUUAGCAAAGGAGGCGAUGGUGAAAUUCACAGACACACACACACACACACACAGGAUUUUUCUUACACUAACCUCCAUGCAAAAUAAGAUUGGUCCUUACUUUAGUGAGCCAAGAAAGCAGAGGAGGUUAACAGUGCAGACAGAAAAAGAAAAGAAACAAGACUUUACGGCAAAAUGCAGGCCGGCCGACCUGGUUUCAUGUCCAAACACGGAGAAGAUAAGGCCUCUGCCCUUUCAUCAGACUCUGUGCAAAUUGUGAAAUAUUAUUUUAUUAUUUUAGCAAAAUUUAAAAAAACCACUUUUACAAAAAAAUAAAAUCUGUAAAAAUUAUUUUCAGCUACCUGGCUCCAUCCCAUACCUAUAAUCAGCCAGUUUUCCAAUACACUGUAAAUUUCCCCUUCUAUGAGUCAGUAAUGAGAAUUUGAAGAUCUUUUUCCUUAAAUUAUCUCCACUUUUGACUUCAUUAAAAAAAGAGUUUUGCCUAAGCAAGAGUUAUUAUAAUUAUUAUGAUUAUUAUAUGUUCUUUCAAUACCCUAGGAUGAAAAGAAGGGGGGGACUUAUAUGCAAAUAAUUCGGAAAUUCAAAGGAGGAAAAAAGUAUAACAUUUGAAAACAGUAAUAUUUAAAAAAGCACAAAGAUGCAGAUAAAAAGUGGCGAG